UUGUAGAUCAGUUUUGAAUCAGUUCAGUAAGACUUUAAUGGAAGCAGAUUUAGAAAAUUCACUCACGAAUUCCGCCAGAACUUUUUAUCAUGAUUAUCCUAAUAAUCCUUACAUAAAUGCCCAAUACAUUGCCGGAAAUAAACUCUUUCAAUCAAGAUAUAAAAUAAUAGAACUUGGAUAUUAUCCACAAAAUGUUAAAUAUACACAAAAAGGAAAAAACAUUCAAUAUCAAAUUCCUAAUGAAUAUAUUAUAAAAACCGAAGUUGCAAAUCAGACUGUACGUUGUGAAACAAAGUAUACUGUUUUUAACAAGGUCUUAUAUACAAUUACUUGGAAAGAAGGUCGUGCGGAAUGGAUGGUAUCUAGUGAGCGAUCAGCAAGUGGUGCCGUUAAUGCAUUCUUAAAGCGAAAACUUAAAUUAAAAAACUUUAUGUUUAAAUAA